ACUCGCUUUAUUUGUGUUCCCGGCUUUCCGCUAGCGCUACCAUGGCCAGCCAGCAGCCGUGCCGGCCGAAGUCGAAGCCCCCAGCAUGCCGCACGCAGUUGCCGCCCGAGCCGCCGCUGAAGCUGAAGGUGGUGGGGCUCUUCAAGAGCUCCAGCUUUCAGGUGUCGAAGACCAUCGCUGAGACUUUGAAAGCCAAUUACCCGUCCAGAUUUGAAGAUCCUGUGAUAGUUCCUCUUCAGGAAUUUGCUUGGGAUCAGUAUCUGGAGGAGAAGAAGAGGGAACUGAAGGGUGAAACCUGGGUCUAUUCCUCCUAUGUGAUGUGUUUUAUUAAUGACCAACUCCUGGGUAAUGCAUUUGAUCUGAAGAAGUGGGCCCAGAAGGUGUGGGAUGUAGUUGAUGUCCGGCCCUCCGCACUGUAUGAAGCGCUUACUCUGGACUAUGCCACGAAGUUCUUAAAAGACACCAAGCAUGAUUUUGUGUUCUUGGACAUUAGUAUUGAUCUUUCUCCAAUUGGAAGACUGAUUUUUGAACUAUAUUGUGACACAUGUCCCAGAACAUGUACAAAUUUUCAGGUCUUGUGCACAGGAUCGUCCGGGUUUUCUGAGAGAGGCAUAAAGCUUCAUUACAAAGAUUCGAUUUUUCAUCGAGUCGUCCAGAAUGGCUGGAUACAAGGAGGAGAUAUAGUAGAAGGACGUGGAGAUGAUGGGGAGUCUAUUUAUGGACCAACAUUCGAAGAUGAAAACUUUUCGGUUCCUCACAAUAAAAGGGGAGUUCUUGGAAUGGUCAACAAAGGUCAUCAUACCAACGGGUCACAGUUCUACAUCACACUACAAGCAGCUCCCUAUCUGGAUAAAAAAUAUGUGGCUUUUGGGCAACUAAUCGAAGGAACCGACGUCCUUAGACAACUAGAAUUAGUUCCAACAGAGAACGAGAGACCGCUGCUUCUCUGCAGUAUUGCAGACAGUGGAAUCCUCUAUACAUGACUUUCAUACCAAUCACAUUUUCUGUGACGCUUUAUUGCUGUGCAUUGGAUCAGCUGUUCUCUAUAUUUAAUUAAAUGGUGCUUGAUAA